CUACCCACGACUUAUCACGAUACAGAAUGAGGUUACGCUGAGACUGCGGACAAGCUUGCCGGUGGGCAGACAUGACAGGGAAGAGCCUCCUGCUGAAGGUGAUCCUGCUGGGAGACGGUGGAGUGGGGAAAAGCUCCCUAAUGAACCGUUACGUGACCGACCGCUUCGACUCGCAGUCCUUUCACACCAUCGGCGUGGAGUUCCUGAACCGGGACCUGGAGGUGGACGGACGCCUGGUCACGCUGCAGAUCUGGGACACAGCAGGUCAGGAACGCUUCAAGAGCCUGCGAACGCCGUUCUACCGCGGUGCCGACUGCUGCCUUCUCACGUUCGCCGUGGACGACCUGCAGAGCUUCCAGAACCUGGGCUGCUGGAAGAAGGAGUUCAUGUAUUACUCGGACGUACGCGACCCAGAGCGCUUUCCCUUCGUGGUGUUGGGAAACAAGGUGGAUAAAGAGGAGAGGGAGGUGGGUCAGGAUGAAGCCCGGGCCUGGUGCGAGGAGAACGGCUGCUGCCCGUACUUCGAAACCAGCGCCAAGGACGACACCAACGUGGCCGCUGCUUUCGAGGCGGCCGUCCGCGAGGUGCUGGCCAGCGAAGAUCCCAUCGACCACGCUUUGCUGAGUAGCACCAUCGAUCUCCAUGGCAACCGCAAAGCGCCACGGUUCUCCUGCUGCUGAAUCAUCCUCAAAAUCCCCGUUUGCUCUCGGAUCCAUCCGUGCCGGCUCUCCCCCUGGCUCGGUCAAACUCUCUCACUAGCCUCUUGAGAGCUAAGGAUUCUCCACAGGCGCUGCACGCCUCUGAAUCUUAUGUAGUCCUGUGGUCACUGAGCUCUGUAUGUAACACAGGUAAAAAACUAUAUUACAAUGGUACUGUACUAUUACCAAUAGUGUUUUGUGUGUAUCCGCUUCCUUCAGUGCAGCACAAACCACAUCUUACUCUCGUCUUUUCCCGCCAAAGCCUUGUUUGCUUCUGACUCGUAGGUUCUCUCUAAAGAUGUAGCUUUCCCGUCCCUGAGGUCACGGGCGGGGGUCCGGACCAUCUCGUUCACUACCUUCCCGAUUUCCAAGGUCACGGUGGCGUUUGCGCUGCAACUCCGUUUUCCCAGAACUGUUUCGGAAUAUCGCUACUUCUGCGACCUCAGAGCUUCUCCCCGCGAUGUGAACGGAUCGUUUGUCUGAUUAGGGUACUGGCAGUGAUGGAUAUGCUCUAACGCUGAGAUCUGGUAUCUCAUGAAAAACAAACAAACAAACAAACAAACAAAACAAGGGCCUAUUUAAUGUAUUAUAUUACUGCGUCUGGAUUAUGUAUGUUGUAAGGGAAAAGGAACCCUUAAAUGACAUGGUACUGAAAGGUUCAGAGUUUGUGUGUCUGCAGUUUAAUUAUUAUUAUGUUUUGAGUUACACUGAAUAUAAGGGCAUUUCUGUUGAUGUUUCUUAUUGUUUAAAAUUGUUUGAAAUUUGAUCACAUCUCUUGGUUUGGCAGUCUUGCAUGCAAAAAUGAGUGGAUUAUGUUGAAUCUCUGUUGAAGUUCAUGCUCCAAUUCCCCAGUCUCUGCAUUGUGUGUGUGUGUGUUGAGGGCAUGAGAGAGACAGACAUAGGCUCGUUAAACCUCCCUCUGUGUUACGCUACCCAGGGACUGUCCCAUGGUUUGAGUACAUCGUCAUUUCUCUCAAGAGCACAUAUGGAACUUAACGAGUGAUUUUUGGCAGGGCAGCGUUUGUAGGAAUUUGAUUGGACUUUCGUAGAUGAAGCUAAUAUGAACAAUGAGUUGGUGCUGCCCUAGUCUUGUCUUGGCUAUUCUAGAACAUUCCAGUUUGUGAAUGAACAAUGAUUUUUUUUUUUAAUAAUCAGGUAAUCCCUCCUGUCAAACCGGUUUAACCAGAACACAAGUAUUACAAUUUUCCCGUCCACCUUGUGUUGGAUUUUUAAUCGCUUAUUUAGUGCUAUUCGCAGCGAUUUACUGAGAAUUUUCUGAUUAUUUUGGAGGAGAAUGCACAGAGUGUUUGUAUAAGUACAUAUUUGGUACGGUUUCAUGAUGUUGAACGAAUCGACAUUUUAUGCUCUUGUCAACAUCUUGUGCCCUUCAGUGUCCUGUGUGGUCGAAAUCAUGCCUCUGAUCUCUCAAACCGCCCGAAGAAAACGCACUGUAUUGACUGGCGUAGAGAUUUAAUUAAGGGGUCGUAACACAUAUCUUUGCUAACAUUAGCUGUCAAUAUGCGUGAGAAUAUCGAUUAUCAUGUGUACCCUAAUCAUUCAGUGUUUUCUGUUUGGAGUUUGCUCAUUUCCCAGAUGGAAAACCGUUGCGUACUCAGUGUUCAAUUAAUAUGCAGUAUUGUCUUCAUUUUGUUCAGAUUUGGACAUUGCAUGUAAGUUUCUUCAAACUUCACGACAUUUUUGUUCUUUCUCUCUGUCUUCUCUGAACCAUUUACUGGUCCUCUGCUUCCUUCGCUGAAGCCUUCGUUAGUGUUUUAUGAGAACGGUACACUGUGAAAAAAGAUACGGUUCAAUUACUUUUUCCCCCUCACGGGUCUCAUGGUACCUAUAAAGCUAUUCGUCUCUCAGUGCUGAAAACAGGUGUCUAGAAUGAUGUUACUAAUGGUGUUUGUAAACUGACGGCACUGAGCGACGUUAUUCAGUCGGUAUUAACAUUGUAAACGGUUCCUUUAUCGUAUUAUAUUUAUGAUAGACAGUUACAUUUUCACCCUUUCCGUGUUACAGUAAGGCCUGUAAAAGAAUCAGUAAUAACUGUUCAGUUACACUUCAGCAGAUCUGAAUAUUUAAAACUUUUUUGGGCUAGUUAGCCAAUCAGAUGUCAGCAUGUUCCAAUAAUUAUUUUCCGGAUAUGUUUGAGUCUAGGUGAUGCUGUAACAUUCAGAUAACCCACAGGAUUCUGUUGUUUGUAGCCAUACUUGCCAAUGAUAUCAUUUGCAACCAAACUGUGUGUGUGUGUUCAAAGUGCUUUUGAGUGUCAUACACAAGUGACUGUCAGCAUGGUCACCAUUCAAAUGAAUGUAAGCAGUUGUCCCACCCCCUUGGCUUUCCUCUCAGCAUCGUCACAAGGAAAUCUAAAAGUGUACGCUUUGAUGGGCUAUUCAGUUAUAAACACGGUGUUUACUGACAAUGUAGAAAUUUGCUGUCUCCAAUGCCAAAAA